ACCACUCGGCAACUCCCACUCACACAGACCGGCGCGGCGGCGGCGCGGCGCGGCGCGGCGCUAUCCCCUCCGCGGCUCUGCGCGCAGUCGUGACGGCAGCAGCAGCGGGGCGGCGGCGGCGGCGCGGCGUGCGUCCCUGCUGUGAGCUUCCCCGUGUCAGGCUAGCUCAGGCUGACAGUGUACCACAACGUCAGUCGCACGACCCCGGAACUCGGACAACCCUCGCGGCUCGCGCAGCCCUCUCCCGCUCCCAUGGAUCCACCGCAAGAGUCGGCCGCUGCCGGCCGGAAGAGGCGCCGGCGAGGAGGCGUCCGGAAUCGCAAAAAGCUUUCCUCGCAGAAGGGGCUUCCUCCAGCGGCUGCGCCCCCAACGCCGGCGUCCCCACCGGUGAAGCGGCGGCGCAAGGACGUCGCUGGCCAGGCCGCCGCCAUGCCGAAGAGAGGCAACACCUCGAGCCUACUCGACAAGAUGCGUGCAAGGUUAUCUGGUGGCCAUUUCAGAAUGUUAAAUGAGAAGCUAUACACUUGCAGUGGAGAGGAUGCGUUUGACUACUUCAAAAAUGACCCUAAUCUUUUUGAUGUGUAUCAUACAGGAUAUCAAGAGCAGAUGUCACACUGGCCUGAACAGCCAGUGAAUGUAAUAAUCAAUUGGUUGAAGAGUCACAAUGCAUCAUGGACUGUUGCUGAUUUUGGCUGCGGCAAUGCCACAGUUGCAAAAAAUGUGAAGAACAAGGUUUUCUCCAUUGAUCUUGUUUCAGAUGAUCCUUCAGUGAUUGCGUGUGAUAUGGCUCAUACUCCAUUGGAGCCAUCUUCUAUAGAUGUUGCAAUAUUUUGUCUCUCUUUGAUGGGAAUCAACUAUCCAAGUUACUUAGAGGAAGCAAAUAGGGUUCUCAAGCCAAGUGGUUGGCUUGUUAUUGCUGAAGUGCGAAGUAGGCUAGACCCGAACAACGGAGGUGCUGAUCCUGAAAAGUUUUCUAAAGCCAUUAUCGAGCUUGGCUUUUCACUUGUUUCAAAGGAUGUGAAAAAUAAAAUGUUCAUUCUAUUCUACUUCAGGAAAAAGGAAAAAAGUAAGCUGGCAAAGAGCAUCGAUUGGCCCCAGCUGAAACCGUGCUUGUACAAGCGGCGAUGAGCCGAUUGUCUCGUAUCCACUAGUAAUACUGUAGUUGUAGUAGCGCUCGUUAAAAGUUUCGUCAAACUGAAGUAUCGUCUUGAUUAGGUUCCUCCGUACCUGUAUGGCUGUAUCUGUAUCCCAGUCUAUUCCAUUAUUUUCUGCGUCUUUCAUGUAUUGGACCUCACAAGAAAAGAUCACCUAUAGGGGACGAUGCAUUGCAUGGAAGUAUAAUUCAAGUCUACGUUUCACA